AUGCCUUAUCAUCACCGUCUGCCAGCUGAUUUCGAAGCCGAUGUGAUCAUCGCAGGAGGCGGACUCGCAGGAUGUGUUGUAGGUGGAAGACUCGCCGAAGCCGAUCGCAACCUCAAGAUCUUGAUCAUCGAACAAGGCCCAAACAGCUACGGAUUGCCAGGAGUUGUGCAUCCGGCCUUGUAUCCGCGUGCUCUCUUCCCCAACAGCAACAUCACGCUGUUCUGGAAGGGCAAUGAGUCGAAAGAGCUUGCAGGGCGUGGGCCAAUCGUUCCCUCUGGAGGUACAUUGGGCGGUGGCUCGGCGAUGAAUUGGAUGGUGUACACUCGUGCGCAGCGGUCGGAUUUCGAUUCGUGGAAGGCGGAUGGAUGGACUGCCGAUGACAUGUUGCCGUUCUUGAAGAAGUUGGAGACGUAUCACGGCAAGGGCGACAAAGACCGUCACGGCUUCGAAGGGCCAGUGAAUGUGUCCAAGGGCACAUACACUUGCAAGCGGUCGGAAGAUGCCUUCAUUGAAUCAGCCGCGGCCAUGGGAUAUCCGGAAGUGCAAGAUCUUCAGAACCUCGACAACAACAAUGCCGCCGAACGAUACUAUCGCUAUGUGGGACCGAACGGGCGAAGACAGGAUGCAGCUCAUCGCUACAUCCAUCCCAAACUAAAAGGCGACGAAUAUCCUAAUCUCCACGUCCUGACCGAAAAGCAGGUGCUCAGGGUCAUCUUCAACGGGAAGAAGGCUGUUGGGGUUGAGUAUCAGACGAACUCAAAGUACAUGGCCAAUCCAGAGUUCUUGGAUGUUGGAUAUACCAGCCCAAGAAUAGUCAAAGCCCGCAAGUUAGUUGUCGUUUCUGCUGGAGCCAAUGGUACUCCUGGCGUGUUGGAAAGAUCAGGCGUUGGCAAUCCCGAAAUCUUGAAGAAAGCUGGAGUUGAAGUCAUCGAGGACUUGCCAGGCGUAGGCGAAGAGUACCAGGACCACCACUUGUCGCUCUGGGCCUAUCGCACAAAUCUCCACCCCCGGGAAUCCAUCCGAAUGAACGACGAACUUCUUGGAACGAACGCCAUGGAUGGUCAGGGCAAGUUCAGACCGACUGAAGAGGAGGUUGAUGCAAUUGGGCCAGACUUCCGCAAGGCGUGGGACCGGGAUUUCAAAGAUGUCCCAGAUCGACCUCUGAUGAUACUGGCACUGUACAAUUGCUACUACGGAGACCACUCCAUCCUGCCAGACGAUGCCGAAUAUGUCUCGCAAGCCAACUGGACUGGCUACCCAUUCUCCCGAGGACACAUCCACAUCACCGGCAAGUCCAUGGCCGACAAGCCCGACUUUGAAACCGGCUGGCUGAAAGAUCCUGGCGACAAUGACGUCAAAAAGCACGUCUGGGCAUACAAGCUGUCGCGAGAAAUGUGGCGCCGCAUGCCCAUUUUCCGAGGAGAGCUGAAGAUCAAUCAUCCCAACUUCCCAGAAGGCAGCAAAGCCGCAGUCAUCGAGAAGGCUGAUGGACCUCUUGCCAAGGGAGACGAGAGGAUCGAGUACAGCAAGGAAGAUGACGCUGCGAUCGAGCAGAAGGUCCGCGAGAUCCUGUCGACGACCUGGCACUCAUUGGGAACGUGCAAGAUGGCGCCGAGGCAGGAAAACGGAGUAGUCGACCACACAUUGAGUGUUCAUGGCCUGCAAAACUUGAAGCUGGCGGACUUGAGUAUUCCGCCGGAGAAUGUGGGGGCCAACACCGGCAACACGGCCUUUGUCAUUGGCGAGCGGGCGGCGGACUUGUUCAUUCAAGAGUUGGGUAUCAAUAAGAGGAGGGACUCGCCCGUGCAGCAAGAUUGA